CUCGCUCCCGGAUGGGAUUCCGCCGCGCGCCGUCCCGAGCCUGCAGCGCCCAGCUCCCCGGCCCUCGCCCAGGGUCGCCGCAGCCCUGCAGAGGUCCCGUGGAAGUGCCGCCGGCGAGCCCGCUCCAGCAGGGACCGAUGGAGCCAUUCCGCGGUGCCCUCCCGAGCCACGCACGGCCGCAGCUCCUCUGAGCCUUCCCCCGCAAGACUGUUCCAGAUUGGCUGUUCGAGAAUCAUGGACUGUUAUUAUAUGCCUUGUUUUCUAGACACCAUGAUUCCUGGUAACCGAAUGCUGAUGGUCGUUUUAUUAUGCCAAGUCCUGCUAGGAGGCGCGAGCCAUGCUAGUUUGAUACCUGAGACGGGGAAGAAAAAAGUCGCCGAGAUUCAGGGCCACGCGGGAGGACGCCGCUCAGGGCAGAGCCAUGAGCUCCUGCGGGACUUCGAGGCGACGCUGCUACAGAUGUUCGGGCUGCGCCGCCGCCCGCAGCCGAGUAAGAGCGCCGUCAUCCCGGAUUACAUGCGGGAUCUGUACCGGCUCCAGUCUGGAGAGGAGGAGGAGGAGGAGCAGAUCCGCAGCAUCGAUCUGGAGUACCCUGAGCGCCCCACCAGUCGGGCCAACACCGUGAGGAGCUUCCACCACGAAGAACAUCUGGAAGACAUCCCAGGGACCAGUGAAAACUCCGCUUUUCGCUUCUUCUUUAACCUCAGCAGCAUCCCAGAGAAUGAGGUGAUCUCUUCAGCGGAGCUCAGGCUCUUCAGGGAGCAGGUGGACCAGGGCCCUGACUGGGAGCAGGGCUUCCACCGGAUAAACAUUUAUGAGGUUAUGAAGCCCCCCGCAGAAGUGGUUCCUGGGCACCUCAUCACACGACUACUGGACACCAGACUGGUCCACCACAAUGUGACUCGGUGGGAAACUUUUGAUGUGAGUCCUGCAGUCCUUCGCUGGACCCGGGAGAAGCAACCCAACUAUGGGUUGGCCAUUGAGGUGACUCACCUCCACCAGACACGGACCCACCAGGGCCAGCAUGUCAGGAUUAGCCGAUCGUUACCUCAAGGGAAUGGGGAUUGGUCCCAGCUCCGGCCCCUCCUGGUCACCUUUGGCCAUGAUGGCCGGGGACAUGCCUUGACUCGUCGUAGGAGGGCCAAGCGUAGCCCCAAGCAUCACCCACAGCGAGCCCGGAAGAAGAAUAAGAACUGCAGGCGCCACUCACUCUAUGUGGACUUUAGUGAUGUGGGCUGGAAUGACUGGAUUGUGGCCCCACCAGGCUAUCAGGCCUUCUACUGCCAUGGGGACUGUCCUUUUCCAUUGGCCGACCACCUCAACUCAACCAACCAUGCCAUUGUGCAGACCCUGGUCAACUCUGUCAAUUCCAGUAUUCCCAAAGCAUGUUGUGUUCCCACUGAACUGAGCGCCAUCUCCAUGCUAUACUUGGAUGAGUAUGACAAGGUGGUACUGAAAAAUUAUCAGGAGAUGGUAGUAGAGGGAUGUGGGUGCCGCUGAGACCAAGCAGUCCUCGAGGCUGUACCUUGUUUGGGCGUGUACCACACGGAUACAUAAACACACAUUCUCAUCCACUCACCCACAUACUACACAGACUGACUGCAUCCUUAUAGCUGGACUUUUAUCUUUAAAAAAAAAAAGAAAAAAAACCUAAACAUUCACCUUGACCUUAUUUAUGACUUUACGUGCAAAUGUUUUGACCAUAUUGAUCAUAUAUUUUGACAAAAUAUAUUUAUAACUACGUAUUAAAAGAAAAAUAAAAAGGAGUCAUUAUUUUAAAGGUAAA